AUGAAUAAUAACGUCGAGUAUGUCCCUUACCAUCGGGAUAUCGGGAAUACCAACUUCCGUUUCAAUCUCUUGGAUAUCUCUCAUGUGGGAAGUGUUUACGCCGUGGGAGUGGGAUCACAUACCUCGGAUGGCAACAUCAGAUUGUUUGCAGACUUUCGUUAUGUCUGGAAUCAUUCGAUCCCGUACAAUUAUCCGUCAGUUCAAUCACAAGUCAUGAAUUCUCAUAGGUAGGUCUAAGUUAUUUAUUUGUUUACUUGUUUAGAGUCCAAAAUGUAAUCAAAGAGGUAGCGCAGGAAGAAGAAAUCAGUGUUAAGGUGAUCACUAAAAGAGCGUGGGGGUUUUACUAUGGCAUUAGAGCAGCAUAUUCAAAGAUAUGGACCAGAUUUCUUGGAUAUCUAAUGUUCAAGGUAUUCCGGAGAUUGAUGAAGGUGCUAUACGUCUCUCCGCAACAGCUAAUACAUGUCAAAGAAGCCGAUGAGGUACUUUUUACUCGUAAUAUCUUAUUUGCUUCUUUCAGUCAGGUGUCCCAGUUGUCUAUCUUCCAUUACAUCGGAGUCAUCUCGAUUAUCAGAUAAUCACGUGGGUCCUCUGGCAUUGGGGAAUAAGAUUUCCACAUGUGGCGGCUGGCGACAACUUGAAUUUGUAUGGAUUUGGGUAAGGCUAAUAAUGAAAUCAUCGUGUUUCUUUUAGAUGGAUGCUCAGAUAUACCGGAGCGUUUUUUAUCCGGCGAAGAUUGGAUCCGAAUGAUGAAUCCACAAAAGAUAAGCUCUAUCGAACAGUUUUGAAGACCUACCUUAUUGAACUUUUAAAAUCCGGUAUGAGUGUAGAAUUCUUUCUGGAGGGAACGAGAACUCGAAUGGGGAAAUCUUUACUUCCGAAGAAUGGACUCAUCUCCAAUGUCCUUGAAGCUGUUGAUUCGGGAGAAUUGAAGGAUGUAUAUCUUGUACCAACAAGCAUAACAUAUGAUGCUGUGGUCGAGGGGGUCUUUUACAAUGAAUUAAUGGGCAUCAGAAAGGUCCAGGAGAACUUUCUGGGAGUCAUCAAAGGAGUUUGGGAGAGUUUUAGCAGAACUAAACCAUGUGGCGUAGUCAGUAUUGAUUUUGGGCGACCACGUUUGUUGAGUGUAGGUCACGUUGUUCGUGAGAAGUUUCCUGUUUUAGACAGAACUGAAAAGAAUAACGAAGUGGAUGGAGACGGUAGACAUGCCCGAACUUGAUUAUGCUUCCAAUACUAAGUCAUACAGAGAACUUCUUCCUUGGUCAGACAACAGUUUAACCCAUCGAAACAAAGUCAGAGCAGUGGGAUACAAUGUUGUUUACAGUAAGAGUUCUUUACUUUAUGUUGUCCUUUUAGUGGCUCAACGACAACAACCAAUUCUUCUCUCCAGUCUUCUAGCCACCUUAUUCUUAUGCAAAUAUCGCACAAAGAAAGUCGAAUUUCAUGAAAUUAUGACUGAUAUGGAGAGAUUAUCUAAUGAGAUUCAAAGUCUUGGCUUUGAGAUUCUCGGAUGGACUCCAGACGUCAAAAGCUACCGUGAUCUCAUCAUUGAAUUCAACAAAUAUUUUGAAAAUUGUCUGGUUAUUGAAGGAGAAUUGGUGCAGAUCAUCGAUUCACAUCAAACUUUUAUUACUCUAGCCUAUCACAAGAACGCUUUGUUACCUGUUUAUUGUUUAAUUUCUGUUGCAGGUGAAUCAGUUUUAAGGUUUUUAUUCCUUUAUAGCCCUGUUGAAACACAAACCAGCGGAGAAUGGAGAUGGAGGGAUCUUGACCAAGAGAAUGAGUGCCAUCUGUGCAAUUUUACGAUACGAAAUGUUAAUUUGCAGUGUGGGUAUGAAUGGAAUAACAUUUUUAUGAUUGUAGCCGUGCGGAAAAAUGCAAGAUCACAUCAAAAGUUCGAUUAGUUUUUGGAAAGCAGGUAAAAGUGCCUUCGAAAGGUCGUUCUACCAAAACAUGAUAACCCCUUUCCUGAUGACUCUCAAAUAUGUGGCCUCUUAUGUAAAGGAGUGUCAUGAAAAAUGUGCAGAUGUGGCUGGUAAGUGUUUUGCUUAUAGUAAUCUGUAGUUAUAGACAACACGUUUAUCCGCGAUUUGGUCCAAGUUAUGGCUUGUGAUCCCAAUCUCAAAAUGCUUGAAGCAGCUAAUUCUGAAUCGAUCUACAAUUCUUUGAAAGCGCUAAGAGUAUGGGGUUGUCUAAACGAACACCGGAUCGAACCUGUCAGCGAAUAUCUGAUAAAUCAAAUAAUUAGAAAACUAGACUCCCUCCUGGAUGCAUAA